CUCAUCUCUCUCCAACUCAUCAUCAACGCGAGCAACGCAGGGAUACAGCUCGAGGAACCAUCCCCAAGUGAAGAUCCGCUGCUUCCGCGAUGCCGUGGCGUUGCGCAGCGUGCGACCACACUCAGUACCAGCAGGAUGCCAUCUCCGGCCUUCGGUCGUGCACCGUGUGCGGCACCAUCGACGAGAGGAGCGGCCAGGAGGAGCAGAUGGGCGACUUCGACGACCCCAUGGGCGGCAUGAUGUUCGCCAGCUUCAGGAGGCAGCAGGAGGUCAAUCCCGAGAGGGCGGCUGCUCUCCUGGGCACACAGGCGGACAAGGAGGCGGCUGCAUUUGGUGGCGAAGAAGCGCAUGAGAGGGUGGAGCGGGAGGAGGACUAUGCUUUGCCCACCAUGUAUGAGAUCCCCAUGCCGCCCGCAGGGAGCGGCCCGACCGAGGAGCAUUUCCUGCUGGGCAUGCAGACGAUGCUGCGCGAAAUGGUGAGGCAGCUGGUGGAAACCUGGGGGCUGCCGGCCGCCAUCGAACGGGAAACCAAAAAGGUAAGGGAGGUGGGCAAUGCAUUGCAAUGAACGAGGGAAGGGAGGGAGGCAGGGAUGUUUGUUUGUGUGUGCGGUGUGUGCGGAGGAGAGAAGGCUUAUGAGUGCUGGUUUGUUCUUGUUUGUCGUUGUUGUGUGCAUCUGCAUCCAAUUCAGGUGUGGCUGGCUUACCUGUCCUUCUACCAGCGCCACCAGCUCCCGCUCAACUCAUUCUUUGCCAACAUGCGCAGAAGAACGCUCCGGAUCCCGUAAGUAAGACCGAUCUAUCGCAAACAAAGAGAUAAACAGAUCCAUCCCUGCAUGCAUGGCCGCGCUGCUCUUGCUUCUGGACACACACAGGUGGGCGUCCCUCUAUCAGACGGCCGCUCCGACAGACAUCUCCGAGGACGGCAGGGCAAGCUUGACGCCUGCCGCAAGGAAAGGUAAGGUGCCUCGCCACACACUCACACUUUAAGUAUACACAUCACCGCUCUCACCCACCCAUCUUGGUGUGUGUCUUGGCCAGUUGUGGAGGUGAUGGGCACCGACCGUGUGGCCUACGUCAGGAGCCUGGCGCCCUCCGCCAUCGGCCGGGGCAACAUGGAGCGCCGUGUCGACAGGGAGGAGAAGGAGAGGAAGCGCCGCAAGGCGGCCAAGAUGGGCCUGGCCGAGGACGAGCCACAGGAGGACGGUGUCAUGGACGAGGGAGGAGACAGGGAGGGAGAGGAUGAGCAGCCAGAACUGACCGGCAACCAACAGGUGCGCGUCAAGCAGGAACCAAUCGAGGAAGACGGCCCAACCCCCGAGCAGACUGCUGGCCGAGCAGCAGACGGCGAGAGUGAGUGCCAAUCAGACUCCUCUGACAGCGAGAGCGACUCCUCCCUCGCCGACACAUUUGCCGAUACGGGUCAUGAAAAGAAGAAGCGUCGGCCUGGGCGGCGGCGGAUCGGCUACCCCGCUCACCUGCUCAUGCCCGACAACAAAGUCAGCAUCUAUGCCCGCGACCAGCGGGAGCCGACGCCACUCGGACUGCCCAUUGUCUUGCUCGAGUGUCUGGCGCGGAGCAGAAAGAUCAGCUGUGAGUGAGGCAACGAAUGAGAGACGGAGGGAGGGAGGGAAGGCGAUGGACGGACACGGCAGGCAAGAACACUCACUGGAUCUGUUUGUGUGUGCGUGUGCAGGUCUGCACAUGAUGUAUACCGACGGCACCAAGAACGUCGCCACCAUCCCCCGCCGCAAGAUCUCGCGGGACUUCCACUAUGUCAACCGAACGGUCCCUAACCACACACACACACACACACACGCACACGCACACGAGGCCGUUAGAUGAAUGACAUGGUACUUGCCCCCUCUGUGUACGUCAGGUGGAUGCCAUCUACGAGCACGACUUUCUGCUCCGGCUGAUCCAGGCCGACACCGAUCUGAGCACCGAGUACGACUUCACCCUUGCUGACAAGGACGUGGCCCCCUCCCCCGACUCUCCUGAUGUCGGCAGCCAGCCAGAGGAGCGAAGGGGAGAGGGAGACAGCGACCCCGAGAUGCACCAGCCUGAUGAUGGAGGUGGUGGUGGGCCGCCGGCUCCAGCGGAUGGUGACGACGGCGUGACGAGGAUGUCGGUGAGCUCUCUGCCGCUCCAUGUGCUCAGGAACUUCUGGCCAGUGCAGUCGGACCUGGUCAGUCAGUCAGUCAGUGAGGGAGGGAGGGAGGGAGGGAGGGAGCUGACACUGUCCACUGUGGUCAGCUGUUUCUGCAUCUGCAUAUCUACUCCGUGCUUACUUAAUGCAGGUUCGUCUGCGGUAUGGCAGAGGUCGCAAGGCAGGCCGGGUCAUCGCUAUCAGAACGGUGAGCGAACAGACAAAGGCACGAUUCCUGUGAAACGGACGGCGAGUGGUCUGGUGGGUCUCCUGUCUGCAGAUGUUGACCCGCCUGGGCGGCAGCGGUAUCGGUGAAACGGCCCUGAGUCCGUCAUCCCCCGACCCGCCCUUGCCGGCGACCUUGCCCCCGCUGGACCACACCACCAUGCUCGCCAUCCUCUGGCUGGGACUCGUCAACGCCAGGAUAGGUAGGUAUCGCUGAAGGAUGCAUGGUACGUGGAUGCCCAAGCGACCGACCUGUGUGGUGUGCGUCUGCUGUGUGUGGUAGGCGUGACUGCGGCCGAUAUGAGUCGAUGGUGCUGGCAAGGCCGCAUACCACUGUGGGGUGAGUUCCCUCCCGCUAUCUAGAGAGGGCGGAAGGAGAGGCAGGCCUGCCUAUAUUGACUGACGUGUCUGUGUGUUUGUUGUCUGUCAUUUGUGUUAUGUGGUUGUGUCUGAUCAGCAUCGGCCGGCAAGGUGCCCGACUGGCUGCUGGAGGCAGGGUGAGCUUGGCAUGCACAACAAACGUGUUGGCGCGGCGACAACGAAUGUAUCUCUGUCUGUCUGUCUGUCUGCCUGUGUGUCUGUCUGUGUGUCUGUCUGUCUGUGUGUCUCGGCAGCUUCAAGUUCUACCAUGGUGCGAGUAGAGUGCUAAAGGCCAAAACACUCUUCCAGGUCAGUGAGUCAGUGAAGUGAACAGCCGGCUGGCUGGGCUAGGCAUGAAAGACACGAGUGUGUGUGUGUGUGUGUGUUGGUCAGGCUGGCCGGAUUCCGACAGCAGCGGCCCUGAAUGAGACCGCCAUCGACCUGCUUCAGGUGUGUUAAUAAAUGCAUCCCGCACAUGAGGGGCCCUCGUCAUUUUCGUUUGCUGUCCAUGUCUGGUGUCAGUGUGGUGUGUGCAUUACGCCCUUCAACCACCCUCCCCUCACAGCGCGGCUCCUGCACGACGCGAGACUCCCCAUCUACCUCCAGCCGCUCGUCACAAAGUAGACAACCAUCAUACACACCAACAUCCAACCAUUUCUCCCCUCUCUCCGUCAAUCAGGCUGUGUGGGCUUCUCUCCCGCCGUCGUGUCCCCUGGCGCACCAUCGCCGUCUCACUGGUGGGUGAGCACCAGUGGACGGCCGCAAAGGGCCUGGUGCUCGGCACACACGGCAGCGACCCACGCAAGAAGACCGGCAGCAGGGCCAGUCAGAGAGCCAAGACACAACGAGGGGCGGUGGCAUCGAUGACAAGGGAUGUGGAGGGGGAAGAUGAGCAGGAGCAGCGGCAUGGUGGGACGAUCCUUGCGGCGGCGGUGAUGGAGCUGGAGUUGGCCUUGAACAUGAGGAGACAGACGCAGCUAUACGGCACUUUUCCCAACGCACAAGGCUGGCCCACUCACGUGUUGGUCCCCUCUCUCAUCCUGGUCGCUGCCCGUCUCGUGUGGCCGGUGCUCAACUCCAACCCGCCAGCCAUCGCCCAAAACCUCGACGGCUCAUCAGAGGGCGACGAAUCAGACGAACGGCCUCUCGCAGACACAGCCGACGACGACCGGCCUCCCCGCCGUCGAGUGCACCCUUCCAGUAACGACGCGUGUGGGCGGCUGAUGGCCAACAUGCCCGAGAACCGAGAGCUCUUCCAUGUGAUAAGAGGGAGGGGGUGGUUGCACACAAUGGGUGGAUGGGUGGAUGGUGUCUGUGGCGUGGUGUGAUGUGAUGUGAUGUGUGCAGACGCUUUCCCGCACGUGUCGUGGGGUGGAUUGGUCGCGGUGGCGGGCCGGGCCUUAUGCGGAGGGCAAACACGUACGUUACGUACACACACACGCACAGGACAGGACAGGACAGGGACACUGACUGACAUCGAUUAAUGCAUCGACGCAGAAAGAGGGAGAGAAGCCUUGGGUUGUUUGUCUGUGUGUUUGCUCUGCGUGUGUGUGUCUGUGAUUCAGUGGGCCGACAUGAGUGAGGAGCAGCGCGUGCAGAUCCUUGAUGGCUUCGAGUAAGGAAGGAAUCUGUCAAUCAAUCCACCUGUUAUCCGUCCAUGUGGGUUUGUUGUGUCCCCCCAGGUGCCCUCUGCGUCAGUUGGUCAAGGCGGCGGGGCCACUCGAUGACAUCGCCGAGUAGGCAAAACCAUAUCGAUAUACACGUCGAUCCGUCAACACCCACGAGCGGUGCUGUCCUUGUCUAUGCAGCCUGUUGCACACCAUCACCACAGACCUGGCCAAGAAGGGCCGUGGCGAAGCCGAAGCCGAGCAACCAGACACUCCUCUACCACAAUCCCCACAAUCAGACCAGGCGGCUAACGGCCACCCAGACCCACUGGAGCCCCCGCAGGCAGAGACCUUGAGCCCACAACAAGCACUGCAGGUGAGGGCACAAAUACGUUGGUUACCUUUUCAAUGUUGCUGGCUGACAUCCCCUGUUUGUUCCUCACUUGGUGCCAUGCUUCAGCGAUCCUACGGCGCCUACGAGAGCACUCUCACCCAGCAGUUCCCCGAGCCCCGCCCCCCCAUACCCACACAAUGGCGCUCUCCCGCCCGCAUCAAGCGGCUUCUCCUUGGCCUUGACGUUGAUGCCUCAUCCGACGACAGUGACGAUGGCGACUCUGACGACCACAACCGAGGAGAAGGCGACGGCUUCGGCAGCCACCACGCCCUGCCGUUCUUGCCGCUUCCGCACAAGGAUCGGCUGCGGCCCACAGCUGAGAGGCUGCAGGGCGAGACGGAGGGGUGGGGAGGGCGGGAGAGCGAGAAGGCCAAGAUGAAGAAGCAACAUCACAGGAGGAUACUCAGAGGUGGGCAAGUGGCGGGAUGGCGGCCUGCUUUAUCGGUGUGCUCUGCGUGCGUGCGUGUGUCAUUUUGUACCGUCAGAAAUGCCGGUUGCGUAUUGCCUCCUGCUGCAGAAGCUCGCUGACCUGGUCGGCGAGCUGCCGCUCAUAAUACACGAGGUGAGUCCUCGACCAUGCAGCUGGCUGGCCCCUUGUUGUGUGCAUUGCUCAAUGGCUGUGUGUGGUGUGUGCGCUCAUUCAUCCGUUCAUUCAGUGUGUCCGUUUUGUGGAGGCCUGGCUGCCGAUGGAGGUGGAGCUCAUCGCCGCUGAGAGCUGACAGAUGGGUGGGUGGAUGGCAUGGGUGAGUGUGUUGUGCAGAGACCUGCCUCUCUUGAACGUGAAGAUAGAUACGUUAAUGUUUAAUUUCAAACACGAAUAAAG